UCAGCCCCUCUCUCUCCCGAUUCCGACUUCCUCCUGAUCCACCUCCAAAGCCCACGCCACCCGCACCGCACCACCCAAAGCGGGGGGAAACCCAAACCGGCGAAACCCUAGAUCUCUCUCCGCUCCGCCUCGUCGCUCCCCCAAACCCUAGAUCCCCGCCAUGCACCACCCCAGGGCGCGCUACCCGCCCGGCUACACCUCCGGCGGCGGCGGCGGAGGCGGAGGCGGAGGAGGAGGCGGCCGUGGUAAUGGCGGCGGCGGAUUUGGAGGAGGUGGCGGCGGCGGCGGCGGGAACCACGGCUACUACGGCCGGGGUCCGCAGCCGCAGCCGCAGCAGCAGCACUACCACCACCAGGCGCAGCAGCUGCAUCAGCAUCAGCAGCAGCAGCAGCACGCGCAGAGGAACAGCUCCUCGCAGCAGCAGCAGUGGCUGCGGCGGGACCAGGCCACGGCGGCGGCUGCGUCCGGGGAGGUCGCGGCGAGGACGGCGGCGCAGCUGGAAGCCGUCGACUCGAGCUCUGAAGAUUGGAAGGCACAAUUGAAUUUGCCAGCUCCAGAUACACGUUAUAGGACAGAGGAUGUCACUGCAACGAAAGGCAACGAGUUUGAGGAUUACUUUUUGAAACGUGAACUACUAAUGGGAAUAUAUGAGAAAGGAUUCGAAAGGCCAUCACCUAUUCAGGAAGAAAGCAUUCCAAUAGCUCUGACUGGUAGCGAUAUUCUUGCAAGAGCUAAAAACGGCACUGGCAAGACUGCCGCAUUUUGCAUUCCCGCACUUGAAAAAAUUGAUCCAGAGAAAAAUGCCAUACAAGUUGUUAUAUUGGUACCAACACGGGAACUAGCUCUGCAGACCUCACAAGUUUGUAAAGAGCUUGGGAAGUAUCUGAAUAUUCAAGUUAUGGUUAGUACUGGUGGAACCAGCUUAAAGGAUGACAUUAUGCGUUUGUAUCAACCUGUUCAUUUACUUGUUGGGACACCUGGUCGGAUACUAGAUCUAACUAGGAAGGGCAUCUGUGUGCUGAAGGAUUGUUCAAUGCUCGUAAUGGAUGAGGCAGACAAACUGUUAGCUCCAGAGUUUCAGCCUUCCAUAGAGCAACUCAUCCAUUUCCUUCCAGCUAAUCGUCAACUAUUGAUGUUUUCAGCAACCUUUCCAGUAACCGUUAAGGAUUUCAAAGAGAAAUACCUACCUAGGCCUUAUGUUAUUAAUCUCAUGGAUGAACUAACACUAAAGGGAAUUACACAAUACUAUGCUUUCGUGGAAGAAAGACAGAAAGUUCACUGUCUGAAUACACUUUUCUCGAAGCUUCAAAUAAACCAGUCCAUUAUAUUCUGUAACUCUGUUAACAGAGUUGAGCUACUGGCUAAGAAAAUCACCGAGCUUGGCUAUUCAUGCUUCUACAUUCAUGCAAAAAUGUUGCAAGACCAUCGAAACCGAGUGUUUCAUGAUUUUCGCAAUGGUGCUUGCAGAAACCUUGUGUGCACAGAUCUGUUUACAAGAGGAAUUGACAUCCAAGCUGUGAAUGUUGUCAUUAAUUUUGACUUCCCUAAGACUUCUGAAACAUACUUGCAUAGGGUUGGUCGUUCAGGGAGAUUUGGACACCUUGGUUUGGCGGUGAACUUAAUCACUUAUGAGGACCGUUUCAACUUGUAUCGGAUUGAGCAAGAACUUGGGACAGAAAUAAAAACGAUACCCCCACAAAUCGAUCUGGCAGUGUAUUGUCAAUGAUCAAUGUAACAUUGUAACGGUGUUUUUAUCAUUUACUUAUUGUUAGGCAAGUACAUCAGAUGUACAUAGCACCUCAUCAGGGUUUUAUUUGGUGCCUUGAUGACACAUCUAAGCUUAUAUUCCAUUAGUGAGGAAGUGUUUUCUGUCGGCACUGAUACUAAUCAUGUUAACUGUGGACUUGCAUUUUUGGCUGCUUGAAGACGCUGCUUGAAGACCCAGGGCUGCGGCCAAACUGAACCUUUUUCUUGCUCCUUGUAUCUGCUCAAUAUUUGCUUUAUAUUCAUUUGCUAGCGACAGUUUUGGUUGUGUUAUAUUAGGAUACUGCUGCUUGAGUCUGUUACCGUCACUGUGGUUCCUUAAUUUUCCUUUCCUUUUUCCCUUUUCUUCUCAUGUUUGGAUUGGACUAGUAGAAGUAUUUCCCUCACUGUAUUCCUCGUGUCAAUUUCUAUUAUCCUUGGUGUAGACUGUUAACUUUCUUUAAUUUACCCUCGUUUCGUAAUAUGUAUCCUUGCUAUUUGUGAUGUUUUACACCUA